AUGAUUUAACCAAUUUCUAUUAAUCCUUAAGAUGAAAUAGUAUGGUAUGAUAAGGGUAAUAAAAUGUUAAAUAUAAUAAUUAGGAAGAGCAUUAGCAAAUUUGCAUUAAUAUAAAGAAGCAAUAUAAUGUUUUGAAGCAGCUAUUUGUAUUAACCUUAAAUAUGAUGCUGCAUGGAUUAGCAAGAGUAAUCUAUUGUUCAAUAUUGAUCUUUAGGUAAUGCAUUACUAGUUUUGAAAUAAUAUCAAGAAGCUAUUUAUUGUUACGAUAAAGCGAUAUCUAUUAAUCCUAAAAAAUUUGAUGCAUGGAAUGGCAAGGGUAUUUAAUUGUUAAAAAUUAAUAAUAAGGUUAUGCAUUAGCAAGUUUGUAAAAAUUUUAAGAGGCAAUUGAAUGUUACGAAGAAGCAAUAAUUAUUAACCCUUAAUAUGUUGAUCUAUGGUAUAAUAAGGGUAAUGAAUUGUUAAAAAUAAUAUUAAGGUAGUGCGUUAGCAAAUUUGAAAUAAUAUCAAGAAGCAAUUGAAUGUUACAAUCAAGCAAUAAUUAUCAAUCCUUAAUAAGAUGAUGCAUGGUAUAAUAAAGGUAAUUAAUUGUUAAAUAUAAAUAUUAAGGUAAUGCAUUAGCAAAUUUGAAAUUAUAUCAAGAAGCAAUAGAAUGUUAUAAUUAAGCAAUACAUAUUAACCCUCAAUAUUUUGAUGCAUUCUAGAGCAAAGGUAAUUAAUUGUUAAACAUAAAUAUUAAGGUUGUGCAUUAGCAGAUUUGAAAUAAUAUCAAGAAGCAAUAGAAUGUUAUAAUGAAGUUAUAAAUAUUAACCCUCAAUAUGUUGAUGCAUGGUAUAGCAAGGGUAAUUAAUAGUUAAAUAAUAUAUUAAGGUAAUGCAUUAGCAAAUUUGAAAUAAUAUCAAGAAGCAAUUGAAUCUUACAAGGAAGCAAUAAUUAUCAAUCCUUUAUUAGUUGAUGCAUGGUAUUAUAAGGGUAAUACAUAGUUAAAUAUUCUUAUUUAGGUAAUGCAUUAUGUAAUUUAAAUCAAUAUAAAGAAGCAAUAGAAUGUUAUAAUGAAGCAAUAAUUAUUAAUUCUUAAUAUUUUUAUGCAUGGUAUAAUAAGGGUAAAAAUUUGUUAAAUAUAAAUAUUAGGCAAUGCAUUAGCAGAUUUAAAUUUAAAUCAAGAAGCAAUUAAAUGUUACAAUUAAGUAAUAUUUUUAAACCCUAAAUAUGUUGAUGCAUGGUAUAGCAAGGGUAAUUAUUUUUUAAAUGUCAAUAUUUAGGAAAUGCAUUAACUAAUUUGAAAUUAUAUAAGGAAGCAAUUGAAAGUUAUGAUCAAGCAAUUUUUAUGAAUCCAAAAUACAAUUCUGCAUGGAAUAACAAGGGUAAUUAAUUUUUUAACAAUUAAUUUUUAGGUAAUGCAUUAUACAUUUUGAAUAAAAAUCAAGAAGCAAUUCAAUCGUAUAAUUAAGCAAUAAUUAUUAACCCUUAAUAGGUUGAUGCAUGGUAUAAUAAAGGUAAACAUUUGUUAAAUAUCAAUAUUAAGGUAAGAUAUUAGCAAAUUUGAAAUAAUAUUAAGAAGCAAUUGAAUGUUAUAGUGAAGCAAUAGUUAUUAACCCUUAAUUUUUUGAUGCAUGGUAUAGCAAGGGUAAUUAAUAGUUUAAUUUAAAUAUUAAGGUAAUAUAUUAGCAAACUUGA